AUGCAGAGCGGGGCAGAGGAGCUCCCCACUGACCCCAUCCCGAAGCAGCACCUGGACUCCCCCCCCAGUAGGGUUGGAUCUAGAAGCCAGGCCGAGGAGGUUCCAUUGCCGGCGGCCGCGCUGGGCCCGCCUCGGGGCUGCCCCGCUGCGGGACAGGUCCGGCCGCCGGUGCCGGUCACCUCCGAGACGCUGCCGCCCUGGCUCGGCAGGGCCAGGGCACGGCUUCCGCUGCGGAGGGGCUGUCCCGGGGAAGGGGCUCAACCCGGAGUCCCCCAAAGCCGGAGCCAGCGGGGAAGCGGGGCGGCAAGCGGCGCUGCCCCAGCCCGCAGCGGCUGCCGGGACUGGGACACGCGGCUCCGGGCCCUGGGACAGACCCCAGCUCGGGGUCCGGGGGGUAGGCACGGCACUGACCCGCCCCGGGGGGAUUACAGGCGGUCUCAAGCGCCCGUCAACGAGGCGUCGGGUCUCCCUUCAUCAGCCCCAUCCCACUCCCCGCCCCCACCGAGCAGCGGCUGCCGACGAGAGGGAGCGGAUGGGCCCGUACCCCCCGAGUAUCCCUCGGCCCCUCUUCCCCUCUCUGCUCUCCCGCAGACCGUCCUUGCUGCCCCUCUCCUGCUGCCUCCGCCGCAGGACCGCAUCCCGCUCCGCGCAGCGCUGCCCCAUCCACGCCGCUUACAAAAGCGCUGA